CACUUUGUUUGUUUCUGGGAUUAAAGUUCAAGUGAGGAGCCCGACAGACCCGCAGCCAUGAAUCCCAAAGGGGGGGAAAAGCCGAAGUCAAAGAUUUCGGCUUCUCGCAAGCUCUCUCUGAAGAUGCUUCUCCUCACAAGGGCCUGUGAGGAUUUGGACAAGGAGAGACUGGAUAGGGAGGAGGACAAAAAUCGCUAUCUAGGAGAAAAGUUGCCCCCUCUGCAGCUGUCUGGAUUACCACUGGACGAACUAAAAAAUUUAGUCAAGCAGCUUCAUUCAAAAAUUGACGUUGUAGACGAGGAGAGAUACGACUGCGAAUUCAAAGUGGGCAAACACAACAAAGAUAUCCAUGAGCUGAAGCUGAAAAUACAGGAUCUUGGAGGCAAGUUCAAAAAACCCGCCCUGAGGAAGGUGAGGGUGUCUGCAGAUGAGAUGAUGAGGGCUCUUCUGGGCUCCAAACACAAGGGCUCCAUGGACCUCAGAGCCAACCUCAAGUCCGUGAAGAAGGAGGACGUCAAACAGGACAAGGUGACUGGCAGUGAAGUGGGUGACUGGCGUAAGAACGUGGAGGCCAUGUCCGGCAUGGAGGGACGCAAGAAAAUGUUCGAUACAGCCGGCGGGGCGCAGUGAGACUCUCUGAGGAAAUUAUGAAGCUGGUCAAAUGGGAAAGGAAAAGAAAAGUACUUCAGUCAGAAAUAUGGAAUAGUUAUCUGAAGGCCAAGUGGCUUAAAAGCUGAAUAAAGCACAAAGGUCGUAACCUCUAUAGCUGUAGCCAUCUUCUGUGCAAUGACUCAAAACACUUGAAGAAAAGUGCAAAAUGGGAGACCUCCAUUGUUUUUUUUUAUAUUACUAAAGUUCAUUAUUUUUGUUUUGUUAUGACAUCUUUAGACGACUAAAGUGGAUAUGAAUAAAGUUUCAGUCUUCAAUGUUC